AUGACUGACGCCGGAUUCAAUGAUUUCCUCUCGUCUUUGAAAGCAGCUGCUGACAGCCAACCUGAUGCCUCUCGCCAGAUUAAAAAACAAAAGUGUUCCCCAACUCCCGAGUCCAGCAAGUUCGGUUAUGCUGACAUCAAUAAGUUAGAGCAUUGCACACGACUGCUUCAGAAAAACAUCCGGCAGCUCGUCGAAGAAGCUCCCAGCGUGGAGGAACUCAACAAUCUUAUCCACGACCCGCUGCUCAGCUCGUUCACGAGGCAGGAGAUGCAAGGAAACACACUCUUGCAUCUUGCUGCUAAGAUCAAGUCUUUGUAUGAGGACAGUCAGUUGCCGAUAUUUGACGAAAUCGUCGAAAACAGGGUGGAACAUGGUAAGAGAAAGCUUGCAGACAAGUCUAAGAUUGUCCAGGUUGACAGCCAGGAAUGGGAGGCUGACACAGCAUUUUCUAAUCCAGAUCUUCCGCCUAUUCCCAAAAUCAAGGAUCCAGGACUCAGAAAUAGAGUCUUCCAGCACAAGUCUACGUCUGCGAACAAAACGUACCUUGCAGAACAGGAGAUUGUUCUUUCACACAACGAGAGACUCGAAUUUCUCGGUGAUUCGGUUCUUAACACAUUGGUGACGAUCAUCUUGUACGAACGGUUUCCAUAUGCCAAUGAGGGUGUACUUUCUCAAACACGGUCCCUGCUUGUCAAUAACAAGACACUUGGGGAGUUUUCUACCGCAUACGGAUUCGACCAAGUGUUACGGUGCAAUGUGGACGAAGAAUCUCUUCGCAGUGGGAAGCAGAAAGUCUAUGCCGAUGUAUUCGAGGCGUACUUGGGCGCUUUGGCCAUGGAGCGUGGUUACAACCUUUCGGAGAUCGAGCAAUGGUUAAAGGAGCUCAUGCGUCCCAAGAUCGAAGAGGCUGAUACCGAGAUCCGCAAGCUGGUGCCAAUCAACAAGGAUGCCAAAACAGAGUUGUACUCCCUUGUGGGAACAGCAUCUUUUCAUCCAACCUACAAGGUCAUAGACAAUGGCAAUGGCGUCAACACGCCCUUUACCGUCCAUUGUCUCAUGGGUGACGAGGUGAUGGGUGUUGGGGCCGCUCCAGGAUCCAAGGAGGCCGGUCUCCGUGCAGCCAUGGCCGCGUUGAAGAACAGACCACUAUUAGAAAAGUAUGGGCGGCAAAGGUUGGAAACAGACCGGUCCAUUUCUGUUGUUAGGUCAGAAAGCGGAAAUGAAGAGAGUGAUGGUAAUUCCACUUUUCCAAUAAUGGCAGGCAAGAAUACCAUUGCCAACAAGUUUGCCAAAAACGAGCUCUAUGCAUACUUUGGCAAACAGUUUGGGUUGUCGCCCGAGUACUCUGUUGUGGCUGAUCCUGACAACAAGCGGUAUAAGGUGGAAUUGAUGAUCCGCGACCGGGUGAUUGCUAUUGCCUAUGAUAUAUCCAAAAAGAAUGCCAUGAGUCGAGCUGCCACUGCUGUUUUGGAGAAUAAGGAUAAGAUGGAUGAGUUAAUGAAAUGGAUAGGAUAG